UCCGGUUAAACCUGAUGCAGACCGGUAUUUGUCGCUUUGUAAUAGCAAACGGUUCAUUGCCAAUUGACACGUCGCUUGUUCACCUUGGGUAUUGUUAAAUUUGUAACACUAUCUACUCUGUAGUACAACUAUUUGUAUCUUUCGUAAUAAGACCAUGUCUUGCAAUCUAGAAUCAGAAGAUUUACAGGAAUUUUCGACGAUCUACGCGUCAGAAUACAACAAGCCUGAACUUCACGACCGCAUUCUCGUGUUUGAUGUUGUGGCAGAAAAUGAAAUGUUGUUAGCAUAUAAAUCAAUUGAUGAAGAAGGAAAAGGAGAAAAUUCGUCGACUUUAAAGGAUCCAAGUGAUUAUCAAAAUAUCAUCGGUGAUGAUGAAAAAUCUAAAGACGAUAAUAUUGAAAGUGAAACAGGAAGUGUUUCCGCCCAAAGUGAAAGCACAUUGACAGACAACAAAGAAACGCAAACUGACAUUGGAGACCGAGAAUUCCAGUUUAACACAACAGAGAAUGGCAUAAAUGAUUCAUUCAUUCGACAACACAAGAUUUUUGUCCAUAGCUCAUGGCUAGCUGUACAAAGCAACUAUUUCCGAUCACUCUUUUUCUCAGGUAUGAAAGAAUCAAAAGCUAAAGAUGUUCAUCUCAUGGUCAGUGAAUCAGAGGAAACGUCUCAUUUGAUGAUGCUGGAGGCUGUUUACAACUCUGACAUUUUAAAUGAUGCCAGUGUAGAAGACUUGCUAGCAGGAAUGAAGCUUGCUGACAAGUACGAGUUGCGCUUUCUCUUCAAGAAAUGUAAAUGCGUUCUUAAAACGCGUGUGACAACUCUAGAUACAUGUCGACAGGUUUUUCACUUCAUUAGAGAGAAGUACAAUUUUGAGAACGUUGAAGAUCUUCUACAGUCAGUGGAAGUUACGAUGAGCGAGAAUUUCACUCCUUUAGAGAAGCAUUUUUACACAGAGAAAUUUACGAGUCAUUCGAAACCUUUCAUUAAACAUCUUUUGCACAGUGUCACUCUUCAAACACGCCAUGAGAAUAAUGUGUUUCAAGCACUCAUGCAUUGGAUGGAGGUGAACAAUGUUGAUCCAGAUUCCCUUGGAAAUGACGAAGAUUUCUUACGAUCAGUUCGAUUCGAAUGUUUGUCUGUAGACUAUUUGUACAACUUUGUUAAAAAUCAUCCAGUGGCAAGCAAAAUGCCAGGAUUCAACAAUUGUCUGCUAUCUGCUAUGACUUAUCAUGCUUUGAAAACACAUGCAUCGUUGAAGCGUAUUACCGAGAAUGAUAUACAUCCCAGGCCUCGACAGCCACUUCCGCUCACAACGUCUCUAUUCAGUUGGAAUAUUGUAAAAUCGCAAUUUUUUAGCUAUGACGAGAGUCAUUUUUUAACUUCAGAUACAUUUUGGCUUUGUGGCUACAAAGCAAACAUGCAGCUUAAAUACAUUAGUCAUAACUCUAAUAGAUAUGUAUUUCAGGUUUUGCUAACACUUCUCGACUUGCCAGAAAAAAGUAGUGUUAUUUUAAGUUGUUUCAUAGAUACACCAGAUGAAAGUUCAUGCGCGGAGAAAAGGAUUAAAAACGAGUUCACACACGAUACUCCGUCACAAAGUACCGAUAAUAUUUCAGUCAAUAAACAAUACACUCGUUCAAACAUUGAUAUAAAUAUAAGAGUUGAUAAAAUAUUCUAAAAAAUUACCGAGCAAAGUAUUUACAAUAGCCAUUGAAAUUAUGACUUAAGUUUAGAUCUGAAGAUCUAAAAUAUCAAUCUGAAAUAAUCUUUAUUAUAUGUGUAACAUAACCAAUCAACUACACGAAUAGUUGCCAUGGAGAUACCUAUAAGCAAAGCUGAAGUUGAAGUUAAAUAAAACGGAGCUAAAAACGUA